AUGGCCAGCAGUCGCGUCAACCCCCUUCACCCACCCACUCGUCCGCCCACCACCGCGCGGUCCCAAUCCCCGGGCCGUCCGGCGGUGCUGGACUAUCAGAAUCUCGAUCCCUUACUCGGCAACCUGUCUCCCGAAUCAACCCUCCAAGCGCUGUCCGCAACCGACGCCGUGCCCCGGAAUGAACAGGCCGCCCACGAUAUCCUCUCCAAAAGUAUCUCCCAGGUUUCUCCAGCGGAGCGCGCCCUCGGUAUCCGCGCAGCCAUUGCAGCCCAGAAGCUCAACCUAUGGUACAAAGAAGUCCAGUCUUGGGAAUGGCCGAAACGGAGUGACAUUCAACUAGGCAAGGGCUUCGUCCCCCCUCCAGGCGCUGCCGCGGAGGAGUACUGCGGAAGCCUUCCUAAAGCCGUAGUAGAUCAGCAUGAAAAGCGGAUUGAGGAGAUCCGGGAUGGUAUGGAUGUCUUGGAUGUGGAUGAGCUUAAAGAGCACGUCCUCAAUGCCCACAUUCCAGCCCGGUCUCGGCCUUCGUCCGCCAAUAGCACCUUAUCGGUACCUCCACCACUCAGCUAUGUCCAACUCAGUGACUUCACGGCCGUCAUCACCGCCACCAUUCUCCGCGCUCUGCCGCUUCUCUCGCGCUUGAACAGUCUCUUGUCUACCUGGGACGUCCGAUUGUUGGUUCUGCGCCAGGUACCUGAACUGCUCCGGCGAUUGCGUCUGGCGCGCUCGGAAUUGGAUUCUGCCUUGGACUUGAUCAAGUCGCCCACUCUUCCUGACGAAGAUGGCCCCUUGUACUCUCGCAUUAACUAUCAUGCCAAAAGGGCUACCCUGGAACUGACUGUUGUGUCUGCUGGUCGACAAUUGGACCGCGUACUCGAUGCGCUGGAAGGACGUGAGGACUCACUUCCCGAGAGCUGGAUUGAUGAACUAGAGGCUAUCGAGUCAGAAUUCGGAACAUGGGUCAUGGAAGCCGAACGACGUACUGUCGAAAAUGAAUGGCGCCGGUCAAUUGUCACUGCUCAAAAAGAUGCCCAAUACAAUGCACCAGAGACAGCGCCGACACAAGCACCACCCGAGACUAGAGAACCUGAAAAGCUGGCCCUCAAUACGUCUGCGCCCGUGUCACAGGCUGGCCAUCUAUUUCCAAUGGAGACUAUUGCCGAGGAAGAAGUUAGCAGCCCUGUCGAGCCGUCACCCUCGAAUGACGCCCAGGAUGAUAAGGAAAUAACGGCGUCGGAACCGACCGUCAUACCUGCUACUCAUAAUGCUGUCGACGACCUUGCAUCUCCCGGUACAUCCGAUGCGACGGACUCUUCGAUCAAGCCUGUUCAGAGCACUGUGUCCAUUGCCUCUCCACAGGAACCCUUGGCAUCUAGCUCCACCGUCAACGCCCUUGCUCCCUCUCCCGAUGGCCUAGAAGAGAUCGAUGCCCUGUCGGAUGAUACCCAGGCGCUUCAGCCGGUCAUUUCGGAGGUUACCCAGCCUCUGGAGGGACCGGAGACGAGUAUUGACACGAACGCAUGCAAUGACUCGCCUCCUGGUCAUCCCGAUUCCAAGCAUCAUUUCUUGCCGCCUGUUCCUCAACAGGCGAUCACUUCUGUGCCAUCUGUCAGCUUGUGCGAAACCUGUCCGAGCCCACUUGAAGACGUGACACCCCGGGCUUCUUUAGAUAUCCAGGCUCGCGAGGCAGUCUCAACCGACCCUACCAAGAAGGCUGCAGAUGCGCCUGCAUUGUUGGAGAAGAAAGAGUACGCCGAUGUUAUGCCGGCGUCGGGGUCUGACGUACUUCGUCAUUCUUCGCCCGAAGUGAAAUUGCAGACCCCUGCCAGCCCUGGUACACCAUCAUCGGAUGCCGAUAGUGUGAUCGUACGUCGACGAACCAGUCCAGUCCAAUCGCCUCUCAGCCAACAGGAAAAGCUUCCCGCGGAUAAGGAAGCGGUAACGUUUGAUGCUCACAGCCCUAGUCCCGUGUUUGAAAGCCGCGAGCAACGGCAGCUUAUUCCUGUUGAAAGUGAAGUUGCUAGCCCAGUCAGUGUGGCGGCCCAAACCAAUUCCGCUGACAGUCCUGCUGCACAGUCAGGAGGCUGGAAAGACUCUUGUCAAUUGGUGCCUGCGAAUGCUGUCCUUGGGUCUCCCGUCCGCUCGGCAAUCUCUAAAGUUGAUGAGCAGCCCACAAGUCACUCUGCAAAGAAUGUGCAUGAAGAGUCCCGUGGUGGCAAUACGCCCAAAAAGCCUCUGGAGAGUCCUAUCAAACUAUCAAAGUCUCGACCAGGACGCUUAUCCUUUGAAAAGGAGAAAAAGAAAUCUCGAGGCCGGCGCACGUCUACUGAUUCGUCUUGUUCGGAUUAUCCAUCGCUCGUCUCCAGCCCUGAGAUUCGCGAGCCCCGUACAUCCUCCUCAAAUGGAACGCCUCUGCUGCUUGAGACUCCUCCACCUUUUCAGGAUGGCUACCAGUCAUCCGACCCCGUACCACCUGGGAGCGAUCACACGUUGCGAGAAGAUCGUUUACUCCGUCUGGACAACCAAAAGCCAUCCCCACGUGCCAAUUUCGCGCAUAAUCGAAACCUCAGUCUUCCAUUGCAGCGUUUCAUCAACGAAAGGUUGGAGAUGAAUUACGAUGACGAAAGCGGCAGCGACCUGGAUGGCGUCGCUUCCAAUAGGAAGUCCACGGACGUGUAUGCGGAUUUACGGCUGGGCCAGAAAAAGGCACUGUUGCCUGCACACAUCAGCAAAUUCACCAUUCCCUCCAAUAGCGCUCAGCGCUCAGCAACCCAGCCUUUGGAUGCUCCGAGUCAAGGCAGCCCUAGACCGGUCACCAAUGGCACCACCGCCAAAGUUCUAUCCAAGGCCUGGGAGCACAAGAAGGGCUCCGUUCCGAAGAAUGCAAACCGUAGUGGUCUGCAACCGGAACCGCCUGUACACUCAAGCACCAACCGCUUGAGGAGACAGUUGACUUCGCAUCCUAGUCUCGAGAGUAUUGGGGCGUAUAGAUCCAACGCCCGGUCUGGCGAUGACACGUCUUCGGUUACAGCUAUCUCCAGGGCCGGAUCUCGACCAUCCACUCCAGGCUCGCAGCUGAGAAGAACCAAAGAUCAUCUCGACGAGAAGAUUAGUUCUAUCUUGUCGACCCUUCCUGCUCGGAUCCAUCUGAUGUCAGCUGAUGGCCAAGACUUUGAUGCAGGGUCUGUGGCGACGUCACUUCCCUUGAAGGCUAGGGAACGAUUCCGUUCCAUAUCACCCCAGGGAACGCCGUCCCGGAGCAGCACGCCCACGCCAUCCUUGACCCUGACAGCUGCGCCCUCGCGCAGAAGGUAUUCUCACGCUCACGCCCCAGAGGAGAGCUCUGUGAAGCUCUACCACCUGCAUCGAGGUGGAAAGUCUGCCCCGACCAAGCUUUUUGUUCGGUCAGUGGGUGAAAAAGGAGAACGCGUUAUGGUCCGAGUUGGCGGUGGGUGGGCAGACCUGGCUGAAUACCUGAGGGAGUAUGCCAUCCACCAUGGACGCCGGCAUGUUUCAGAUACCCCUCGUGUCGAAGUCCAGGGUCUGUCCACGCGUACCUCUCCCACGUACUCCGUCAGUGGGCGCCGCACUCCCUCCCGACCGCGGUCUGUCAUUGGCAAUCGGCCGUCUUCUUCAUUGGCUGUGCGCAAGACCAGACGUACUUCGAAUGUGUCGGAUGUAACCGAGUUCCGGGCGGCGCAGGCAGCUGGCGACUCACUCACUGCCUCGUACUCGCCUAUGUCGACUGUCUCAUCUCGCAGAAGACUAUCAGCCUCAUCCAAUGCCUCAAUGGGCGCCGCCUCUUCAGCCAGUGAAUUCCGUCACGGAUCAUACUCUCCUUCGACCACUGCUGCAGGUAGCAACUCUCACUCCAUCCCACUCGGCCUUGCAGGGCCGAAGCCGCGGUCGAGAAAUGUCUCGAUCAGCCCGGAGAGUGAGGCGUGGGUUGAAGAUGUUCUUGGCCAAGCUCGGAGGAGCUCGUCCUUAAGGCCUUACAACUAUGGCCUGUCCACCCAGGACCCGGAGCCUGCUUCAACCAAGGCUCCAACCAUCCCCAAGUCGAGAAGUAUCAGCGACCUGGGAAUGGCGGGUGCUAGCAGACGCGUCGCACUACGCGGACUUGCAAAACGAUAA